AUGUCUUCUCGACACUCUCCGUAUUGUUCCCUCCAUCGUGAACACUCUACCCUUGCAGUGCCAGACAGUCUCCGUCCAAGCAGCCCCUCUACAACGUCAGAGGCAGAGUCUGAACAAUCCAGUGCAGGAAAGCUAGAUUCAGAGGACCCAGAUACAAGCUUCAGUGUUGACGAAGGCCAUACUGAAGGACGUUCCAACUGCUGCGGCCUGGAGGAUAGGCUGAAGGAACUUGAGAGGUCGUGGCUGCUCCUCCCACACUCUGUCAAACUAUUUGGGGACUGGCUAGAGGAACCUCAGUUUCCUUUGAUACGCAAACAAGAACACCGUGUCGUGUGUGUCUCUGUCCAGGAGUGGAGCCAAAUUGUUCAUUUCAUCGUUGAGAAACAACCGAAGGUUGUGCAAUUUUUCAAAUUUAUUUGGGACGACAUGACAGAGACGCUGGAGGUCCACGGAAAUAUAGGCGCAGUCCACCAGGAGGCAAGCUCAAGGCUGGGAAAAAUAUGCAAGAUGAAUACGGAGCUAUUCGUCAAUUAUUUCCCAGAGCUGCCCAAGACAGACGGUGGAAUCUCUGCAUCUCACAACGAGUACGAUCAAGAGUUAGACCAGGUGCCCAUGCAGGAGAUUUCUGAGCACGAAGGUUCAGCCAAGGCCAGCGCUAUUGGCUGUAACUUCACAGUAGCCGACAAUGUCGGUAGUUGCCAAGUGCGCCAACCUUUCCCUGCCUCUCCAACAGCAGAUUCCAGAGUCGACAUCGCACCCCUCUGGAGCAUUGAGGUAUCGGACAAGCAAACACGCAAAGACGUGUUUGCUAAAACCCAUGAUGCAUCACUCAUCAAAGUUGGCGGGCAGUAUAAGUAUGGCCCCACGGUACACCUGGUCCUUGACGUGAACGAGGCCCCACGUGACAUCAAGUCACACCCUGAAGUCGAGAAGAUGGAACAUAUCAGGGCUCUUCAGGCCAUCCCUCGUCCAGAACAGGAUGACCCUACCGUCCUUGACCCUGGGUACGUUUAUGAUGGGAAGGUAGUCCAGGGUCGCAUCACUUGCACUCUCUACGUCUUCUACGGGCACGCGGAUUUGGAGCUCCUCAGGGAAGGCCUCCGACUCAAUAAGCCAGAGGAAUGGUACAUUGAGCAAGGCAUCGCAGCGCAUAUCUUAACUGGCUGGCACAACGCCAAGCACCUAGAGGACAGGAGGCGCUUUGACAAUGGCUGCUUCAGCAAAGCCGUUGUCGGUAUGCGUCGUACAGUCUUAAAUCAGGGAGCAUACCUCUGGUUCAGGCAUGACCCUAAUGCCACUGAAGCAGCUGCCGCUGCAUUCCUAGAAAGGCUCCAAGUGAAGGACAGCAAGACGCCUCUCCCUCGUGCAUCCACCUCCUCCUCCACGUCUGCCGUCACUUCCUCUACUGCUGACGUAGCCAACAAGCUACUGGAAGCAGCAAGGAAGAAAGCAGAGGACGCACCUGUCCUUUCAAAGCUCGCUUGGAUAGCUAGCAGUGUCGCCAUAGCAGCCAGGCAGGCAGCUCAACAGGUCGUCGAGAACUCUAGUCAGGACUAUCGUGCUGAACCUGGGGUUCAGUUUGGCGACAGCACUACUAUUGAUGGUUCUGUUCUCCAUGACUGGGCAGCUGAUGACGCCCUCAGCGACUACGAGCGGCGGACAAAACGGAACGAGAGAAAGCGCCGGCGUUCGGAGGAUGAGAGGCAGGAGGGCAACGAACUAGACAAGGAAGCAGAGGGCGCAGAGGAGAACAGGAGAAAGCGCCUUGCUCAGCUGGUGCUGAACAUACCGACCGCUGUACCUUGGGUGGGCACUCUGAGCGUCGCAGAUCAUAGGGAGAGGGAGGCGGAUGAAGCAGAGACUGCCAAAUGGGAAGAGGAGCGAGUGAAGAAAGCAGGGGACGGUGACCCUAGCGAGGACUAUGCCCCUUGA